AUGGGGAAAUCGGAACAAACACACUCUAACCCUUUGAAGCUUCGAUCUCGCCGGCCGUACCUCCGAAGAAACGGGCCAACGGCUCAAUUGCUCGCUGGCGCCCAAAACCCUCGAGAUCUCGGUAGGUCUCCCACCAUCCCCUCGACCCACGCGAGGCUCUUCGCUCUCCUCCUUAGCUUCCAUCCCGAUCCCCGGCGAAAUCACGGGAGGGGUUUCCGUGAUGAGGCCCAACAUCGUCACGGAGGCUGGAAUCUCAACUAGGUUGAAUCAGUGGUGGAGCAGCAUUCCGUUUGUUACUUCCGGUGUUAUCAUAAUAUGCGGAGCAAUAUAUUUGCUGUGCUUGUUGAUUGGCUAUGACUCCUACGAGGAGAUAUGCUUCUUGCCUUCUGCUGUAGCAUCACAUUUUCAAGUGUACAGGUUCUAUACCUCUGUUCUCUUUCAUGGUUCUUUGCUUCAUGUGCUAUUCAACAUGCUUGCCUUGGUACCCCUGGGUACUGAGUUGGAGAGAAUUAUGGGAUCAGUCCGUUUGUUAUUCUUGAUGUUCCUUCUUGCAACAACUAACGCAAUUCUUCAUCUCAUCAUUGCUUUCUUGGUGGCUUAUAAUCCUCUGUAUCCUGUUCCAUAUCUUGUGAAUGAAUGCUCCAUUGGCUUUUCUGGAGUUAUAUUCUCAAUGAUUGUAAUUGAGACAAGUCUGAGUGGUGUGGAAUCUCGAAGUGUCUUCGGCCUCUUCAAUGUUCCUGCAAAAUGGUAUGCAUGGAUUUUGCUGGUGCUGUUUCAGUUUCUUGCAAGCAACGUUUCAUUGCUGGGGCACCUGUGCGGCAUCUUGUCGGGAUUUGCAUACACUUAUGGGCUGUUCAACUACUUGCUGCCUGGACCAUCAUUCUAUUCUUCUAUUGAGGGCUUGUCAAUGCUAUCUGUUUGCGUGAGGCGUCCUGGAUUUAUUCUUUGUACUGGAGGGACUACAUAUGGCCAGCUUCCUACAUACUCUAACACGUCUACCGCACCAAGCGCUCUGAUUAAUGGAAAUUUCUUAAGAAAUAUUUCUUCAUGGAUGCCAAGCAGGCAGACCUCCACUACCCAGGAACAAGAAGACCUCAGGUUUCCAGGGAGAGCUCGAACACUUGGUUCUGCAGGAACUGAGCCAACUGCAAGGGAGGCAAAUGCAAAUUUGCAUGCUAGGUUGUUGGAUAACACAACUCCAAGUGAUCCCCUAACACACUCACAGCAUGCAGCUGCAAACACAGUCAGAGUUGAUGCGACAGUAACACCUGAUCAGGCUGAUACAUUUGAUGAAGAACUUAAGAAGCUGGUUGGGAUGGGCUUUGAAAAGACUCAAGCUGAAGUUGCUCUUGCUGCGGCCGACGGAGAUCCAAAUGUCGCUAUUGAAAUCCUUAUGAGCCAGCAGGGUUAAGAGAUUAAACCGCCUACAACUAUUCAGAGCAAGCAAGCAUAGAUGUUGAGUCACCUUGUUUCUUUGUGGAGGUUCAAUAUUAGGCUCUGAUGCUGGUUGGUUAACUUCGAGAAUGGAGCAUUUGUUGGUUUGAUUGUGCCAAAGUGGUUACCGGAAAAAGAUGCUCGUAAUCAUGUUUUUGUUCAAGAGGUAGGAACUAUAGUGCACAGCCUGGUUGUAUUUCAAAAGGCUCUAUCCUGAAUAUCUGUAAAGUAGGAAUUGAUGUUCGUGGACCUGAAGAAAUUUGACAUACGGACAAUAUGGAAAAUGCAGAUUUUAAUAUGAAAAUAGCUGGUUUAAUGAUCA